AGAGAGACAAUAACCUCACACAGCACCACUCUCUCUCUCUCCAAAAUAACUCAUCUAUCUCUAAUACCGAUUUCUCUACAUAAACUCAUCUUUCCUUUACCGUUUCUCAGCAUAAACUCAUCUCUGACUCUCUCACUCAUGGAGAUCUCAGAAAAGCUACUCAAGUUCAAAUUCCCCAUCCUCUUCGCCUUUGUUCUCUUCCUCCUCAUCUCCUGCCUCUUCAUCUUAGCCCCCAGCUUCGUCACCAUCAUCGCCUAUUUUUGGCCCCUCCUUCUCUCCACUGCCCUCUUUCUCGUCGCCGUCCUCGUAUUCGCCCGCACCUCCCCUCCAGAUAUUGACUCAUCCGUCGACAAGGCCGGGGAAGGCCUCCUCGACUUCGUUGCUGGCAAGCCGGAGCCCCAACCAGAUCUAGAGUCAGAGCCCGAACCCGAACCCGAUCCGGAACUGGAACCGGAACUGGAACCGGAACCGAUACCCGCCGGAGAGAGCUUGAAGUCUGAGUAACCACAUCGUCUCAUACCUUGGUGGUGAAGCUUACGGUACGCUUGGUGCGGAGUGCGCACCCUUAGCAGUGAUUACUUGUCAGUUGCCCAUUUCUUUCUUUAUUAUUAAUUUCAUGCUCAUCCACGUCAGCCCUCUUUAAAAGCUAAAAUAAUAUUUACAAACAUUCUUUUCCAUUUCAUCUUUGGUAUCUGAUUAAGCAAGAAGUCCACGUCUUAAUUGCUCUUUUUAUUUCUUGAUUUUGCUUUAAGAAAUAUGCUAAAUCCCAUUAACAUAA